AUGAGCUGCAUGCGAAAACGCCCGGUGCGCGGCGUUCUCGCCGCAUUGGCCGUCGUGGUGGGCUUUUGGUCUGCGUCCUUCGUGGGCCCGAACUCGGCUCCGGCGCCGGCGCCGGCGCCUCGGACUGCGGCGGCGGCUACUGCCGACGCGGAGGCCGAGACGGUCGACGUGAUGGAGACAGCAGAGGAGGCCGAGGAGGCCGCGGCGGAGGUGGCGGAGGAGGCGGAGGUCGCCACCGCCUCCGACGGCGCGGCCUGGCGCUCGCCGCUGCGGAGGCUGCUGCUGGCGCGGAGGCAGAAGGUGCGGGAAGACGCGCUGAAGGAGCUGGCAGGGAUCUACGACCAGGCGAGUGAGCAGAUCUUUAAGGAGGUGGAGCGUUACGGGGAGGCCGGCGGCCUGGCCUCGUCACUGCGGCUGCGGCCCUUCUUCGGGUAUCGCUCCGCCUGCGCCAGCCUCUACCGCACAGUGAGGGACCACAUCUUGCCGCAGCAGGCGGGCUCCCCCGUGGUGGUGUCCGCGCAAACCCGGGACGGCGCCCCGAGGCUGCGGUAUGUCUUGCAGACAGACGCUAUGGACGCUGAUGGCCGGGAAGCCUCUGAGGAGGAGGCUGUGUCGGAGGCCUCCAAGGCGCGCGCGCUCUUCGUGGCGCUGCGGCAGCUGCCCCAAACCAACGCCUGGACCCUCGAGAGAUCCGCGGGCUCGGCGGAGACGGUGGAGGAGUGGUCCAAGAGGACGCCGAAGCUGGAGACGCCCAAGUACAAGGUGAUUUCCCGGGACGCGCUCUUCGGCUUUGAGGUCCGAGAGUAUGAGCCCUACGCGGUGGUCCAGACCCAGCAAGGCACAGAAGCCGCGAACAACCGCUCCUUCUUCAUGCUCGCAGACUACAUCUUCGGCAAGAAGAACGAGAGGAAGGAGAAGAUGGCCAUGACCACGCCCGUGCAGAUGGAUCGCGACACCGGCUCUAUGUCGUUCAUCAUGCCCAGCAAGUACUGGACGUCCCUGGAGGAUGCGCCGCAGCCCGACGCGGACGCUGGGGUCCUUCUGGAGCCGCGGCCCAGGGAGCGUCUGGCGGUCUCCGUCUUCGGAGGCUACGCGCUGGGGCCGAGGGUGGCCCGCAAGACGGAGGAGUUGAUCGACUUCGUGCAGAAGAGCGAGGCUUGGGAGCUCGCAGAGAAUUCCACGCGGCUCAUGCAGUACAACGACCCCUUCACCGUGCCAUGGAAGCGGCGCAAUGAGGUGAGUGUGCCGGUGAGGCCCAAAGUGAAAGCGUAG